AUGAUAGACCAUGUGUUGGGGCGGCCGUCUGCCAAGUCGCGACGACUACAGGUCCUAGCUGUGCUUGCAUUUUGGUCCGCCUACCUCUUCAAAGGCCACAAACACGGUCCUCCACUUGUUCGUCUCUACUCCAAGCUUUGCUCCAAGAAGUUGACAGCAUGGCAAAUCGUCGUCGUCACCAUGACAUUCCUCUAUGCCGGCCGCAAUUUCAGUACUUUGGUCGGCCUGGCCAGCCCGGAGCCGCUAUCCAACAUGUACGAUGCGCACUACUUCCGAGCCACAUGGAUCUUGACCGCACUUGACGCAGGGUUUUGGACCGCCAUGAAGAUCAAGUCCAAAUGGCUGAGGGACUUGUCAAGCGUUGUUUUCUCAAUCUUCUAUUUAUUUGCCGCGGAAAAGGCCGAUGAGAAGGUCCGCAAGGUCCGAUCAAAUCUGACUGUCGAACACCUAAGGAUUAGCUGGAAUAAAGGCAUCAGCCCAUAUAUCGAUUUCUUCCAGAGACUGAUGCGGCCUCGAUAUUCUCGUUGGCCUCCGCGGGCUAUUCGCAUCCCGCGGCCGUCCACGAGCGACUACAAGGAACCUGUUUCGGCCUGGCUAUAUUUCGACGGGCCACUUUCAGAGCUUGAGCACCAGAACAGGGUUGUGCUGGACUUACCAGGAGGUGGUUUUGUCGCCAUGGAUCCACGCUGUAAUGACGACAAGUUACUCUCAUGGUCGUCCAAGACGGGGCUCCCUGUUCUCAGCAUAGAUUACAGGAAAGCGCCCGAGUAUCCGUUUCCCUACGCCUUGAACGAAUGCUAUGACGUCUAUGCCACUCUGAUGAAGACUCGUGGGCGCUGUAUCGGCAUGUCUGGCCAGGAGACGCCCAAGGUCGUCGUCACCGGCGACAGUGCUGGGGGUAAUCUGGCCACCGCCAUGACUUUGAUGAUCAUUGAGGGUGGGCUCUUCCCCUCGAGCCAUUUCCAGGGACAGGCUGGUCUACCACUACCGGACGGCUUGGUUCUCUUUUAUCCGGGGCUCGAUAUGAACAUUGGAAAUUGGAUGUCUGACGAGCAGAUGGCCUUGAUCCAAGACCGAAGAAUGCGAUCAACCAACAAGGCAAUUGCGCGCCGCAAGAGCAUGCAAUACAAUAACCUUGUCGGAACACCACAUCACUCUGACGACGAAGAUGAAGCACCGAAGUAUCUGGUCCACCCGCCAGAGGAUGAGGGAAAUGACAACAAGCAGCUGGCAAAUUCGGAAGGCACUCGCACGCCCCAGCCCGAAUACGCCCACGCGACUCCAACUAAAUGGAGUAAAACACGUCGGUCAUCGCAACCAGAUUCGUCUGCCGUCAGUAAGCGAGCCGGCAGCACUUCAUAUCACUCCGAGCCGCUUCAGACGAGACUCGCAAUGUCAUCCAUGCUAUCCUACUUCAACGAUCGGGUCCUCGCCCCCGAAAUGAUGCGCGCCAUGAUCAUAUUAUAUAUAGGCCCACACAACCGGCCUGACUUCAGCCAAGAUUAUUUAUUAUCACCUAUACUUGCCCCUGAUAUGCUUCUUGCUCGUUUUCCGAAGACAUACUUCCUGACCGGUGAGCGCGACCCCUUGGUAGAUGAUACCGUCAUCUUCGCCGGCCGCCUCCGCCGGGUCAAGGCCGCGAUGUAUGCCUCAGGAGGGCAAAGGACCGAUUACAUGGAGUCGGACGCCUUGGCUGAGGGCUUCAACGACAAAGAUGUUGCGGAAGUGAACCUCAUACCGGGUACAUCACACGGAUUCCUACAAUUUCCGACAAUCUAUCCGCCGGCGUGGAAACUCAUCGACCGCUCCGCUGGAUGGAUCGAGGAGGCCUUCGCGUCGAGCGAGAAGCGCGAGCGCGAGAACCGACGGCGCCUCGUGAAGAAGGCGACCGAGAGGUCUGGAAGACACCACACGCGGACGGAGUCGAGCGGCGACGAGGGGCUGCUGGAGAUCGGGAUGACCAGGGCGAGGGGCAAGUCGACGUCCAACGGGGUCAACGCCAACGGCAAGGACGCUGCGGCCAUCGAGACCCAGAACGCGAACAACGGCGAUGCAGACGGCGAGAACCAGGACAGGAAGACGAAGAGGAGGACGAAUGGCCGCACAAAGAGAGAGGCGCUAAAUAGGCUGGCGAGCUCGGACGACCUCCUGGGCCGGAGAAUGCACGGCCUCGCUGGUGGCUUGACGGGUCUGGCGGAGGAGGAUUGA